ACAGUUCAAACUCUUCCAUCAGACUUCAAUCAUAAAGUAGCUGCAGAUUAUAGGAACACAAAUUUAUUGUCUAUGGGAGACGUAGAAAAGGGUAGGAAGAUAUUUCAGCGAUCUUGUUCCUCGUGUCAUACAGUAGAGAAAGGGGGCAAACACAAAACUGGUCCAAAUUUGAACGGUCUUUUCAAUAGGAAAACAGGGCAAGCUAGUGGCUACUCGUAUAGUGACGCCAACAAAAAUAAAGGUAUCAUCUGGACGGAACAAACUAUGGAUGAGUAUCUCGAGGACCCAAAGAAAUAUAUACCAGGGACAAAGAUGGUUUUCCAGGGAUUGAAAAAGAAAAGCGAGAGGCAAGAUUUGAUAGCAUAUUUGAAAGAGGCUUGUAAUUGAAAGUAUUUCCAUUGAAUAAACAAAACUCAAUUUGACUAAAA